AUCACAAGUAUCAACAAUCAAAUAUGUCGUUCAAUAUGUUCCGAAACACCAUCAUCCGCACCCGCCCUCUCCUCCGAACCUCCACCCUGACAAGAGCAUACCAAAUCCAAGCUCACCCAGAAGCAUAUAGCUCUAAAAACCAAGAAUUUUUCAUCGCCGCCUCCUUCCCGGAUGAUUUUGAAUCACCCACGUUGUCGGAAAAGCGCGGCGUCCCGACCUCGUCGUGGGAUGAGCUUCAUGCUACCUUGAGUGAAGCGGCGGUGAAAGCCGAUCGGGGUGAGGUGAAGAUGCAACAGCUUACUUCGCGAGAGGAGUUGGAGAGGAUGUUGCAGCCGGAUAAGAUGGAUCCGAAGAUUGAUGAGAUGUGAUCUCGCUGUGUCCCUGUGAGGAUGGUGAUUAUGACUCUAUGGUCUUUCUUGAGAUUGUCAUGAUGAGAUGUAUUCUGUCUGUGUUUCUAAUUUGACGAUCGUUCAUGUCACUUAGUUCAGUUAGUAUAAAAACAUAAUGUAUGGUUUGCUUGUGUCGAUCACA